CAGCACUUGAGUGUCGGGAAAGUGGGGAGAGCAGCAGUGUGGGGCGAGGCGCGCCAUGCAGAAGCUCUUAGUAUGCGCCGCGAUGCCCAACUGCAGCCCACGCAUCUCCACGGUGGUGGAUGUAAGUAACAGAUGAGAGACGCGGGUAGAGCAGGCGACUCCAGACGGCCGUGACGAGAUGGCACAACCGCUGGACGGAAGGAAAGAAUGAGAGAUGACCGCUCCGCAUCAUCCCUUUAAGAGGAGCCAAACUGGAUACAAUCUCGUGCAUCCGCGCAUCAAGAGAAUCACGGCUUUGGGUGAUGUAUGGCUGGAAGAAAAGGAAAGCAACCUGCUGGACGGCGAGGAGUGACUUUGGACACUUUUGCUGGUCCUGUUGUGCAUCAGCACUGUACAGAACAACAUCUGUAAGACAUUAUUCCAAAGACACACUAAACAGUUUGUUAUAGGCAUACCUGCUGUGGCCAAUCGUGGCCCCAUCCCAUUUGAAAGCUGCAGGUUCCAUCGCCCUCCAGCAUGACGGUUGCGACCAGCGACCCCGCUGACGAGGCGGCUGCACAUCCCGGUCAGCCUCAUGACCAAUACGACCCGGAGCCAGAUCAUGAGUGCUGUGAGAGGGUCGUCAUCAACAUCUCGGGUUUACGCUUCGAGACGCAGCUCAAGACCCUGUCCCAGUUUCCAGAGACCCUUCUCGGGGAUCCGAAGAAACGGAUGAGGUAUUUUGAUCCUCUUCGGAACGAGUACUUUUUUGACCGCAAUCGGCCGAGUUUUGAUGCCAUUCUUUACUAUUACCAAUCUGGAGGGAGGCUGCGUCGGCCUGUCAAUGUCACUCUCGAUAUUUUUUCUGAAGAGAUUCGCUUCUAUGAACUGGGUGAGGAAGCUAUGGAAAUUUUCAGGGAAGAUGAAGGUUUCAUCAAGGAAGAAGAGCGACCGUUGCCAGAGAAUGAGUUUCAGAGACAGGUGUGGCUGCUCUUUGAGUACCCCGAGAGCUCAGGUCCAGCUCGAAUCAUUGCCAUCAUCUCGGUCAUGGUGAUUCUCAUCUCAAUUGUAAGCUUCUGUCUCGAAACACUGCCGGUUUUCCGAAAUGAAGAUGAGGAGUACAAUUAUCCCUUCCAAACCGAUUACAACAGCACCACCACCUAUGAGACCUCAUCCUAUUUUACUGAUCCUUUCUUCAUUGUGGAGACCCUUUGCAUCAUCUGGUUCUCAUUUGAGUUCCUUGUCAGGUUCUUUGCUUGUCCCAGCAAAGCUGGAUUUUUUGGCAACAUCAUGAACAUCAUCGAUAUUGUGGCAAUUAUUCCUUACUUCAUCACCCUUGGCACAGAGUUAGCAGAGAGGCCCGAGGAUAGAGAGGCAGGACAGCAGGCUAUGUCUUUGGCUAUUCUCCGUGUUAUUCGCUUGGUCAGAGUGUUUCGCAUUUUCAAACUCUCCCGCCACUCAAAGGGGCUCCAGAUUUUGGGGCAGACUCUGAAGGCCAGUAUGCGCGAGCUGGGACUCCUCAUCUUCUUUCUCUUCAUUGGCGUCAUCCUCUUCUCCAGUGCCGUUUACUUUGCUGAAGCUGAUGAGCCCCAAUCACAGUUCAGCAGUAUCCCCGAGGCCUUUUGGUGGGCAGUGGUAUCCAUGACCACCGUGGGCUACGGAGACAUGGUCCCGACAACCAUCGGAGGAAAGAUCGUAGGGUCUCUUUGCGCUAUCGCCGGCGUUUUGACCAUCGCACUGCCAGUGCCAGUGAUUGUGUCAAACUUCAACUACUUCUACCACAGGGAGACGGAGGGUGAAGAACAGGCUCAGUAUCUAAAUGUCCCGAGUGUGCCUAAAGCCAGCUCAGUUGAUGACCUAAAAAAGAGCGGUCGGAGUGGCAGUGGAUCAACACUGAGUAAGUCGGACUAUGUGGAGAUUCAGGAGACUGUCAACCACAGCGCUGAGGACUUUAGACCAGAGGGCAUGAAAACAGGAAACUGCACUCUGGCCAACACCAACUAUGUCAACAUCACCAAGAUGCGCACGGAUGUAUAAUGUGAGCCAAUAUUGAUGCGUGACUUAAUGUGGAGUCUGCAGCGACUAGAAAGGGAAGGAAGAAUUAUGGCUACAGAUGACCAACGUUUGGGAAUCCAGAGCAGACAAUUUGGCGUAAAGGUCAACGGGCAAACACCUCAUGCUCGCCUACAUUCAAGGGACCUGUAGCACAUCAUAGAACUGCAACCAGUCUUACUGGGGCAAUAUUGGCUUCUGCAUGGAGAUAGUCUUACAUUCCUGAGAGUAGUUGUCCAGCAGGCAAAAGUAGCCAAAUAGUUGCUGAAACAACCAUUAUCAACUAUCUCAUGGGACCACAUGUUUGAAGAAGACAACGCAUAAUAAGAUCAAUAUAAUGUUUAGCUCAAAAUGUAAAUGAGAGAUUACUUGCGAUUAAAUCAGGACUUACUGUGAGUGAGUGGCCAACUUCCCAGAGUCCAGCCGUAUUGUCAAGGGAGACCUGAAGGGAGUGAUAGAGAAAGAUACUGAUAUCCGAUUAACUUGGUGGUUAUAAAAAUGCUCUCUCUGCAGAGGUAUAGGGUCGGGAAGUGCACUAGUAUUCAUUCUUGGUCCAUCGCUAGAUAUAGUCCAGACCAGUGUUCUCUGUAGAGACCAACACAAUGGACCACAGGGAAGUGCUGUAUCUGUCAACCACAAAAAGGCAUUACUUUUUCCCCUUGUUCUCAAUGAUGCGCAGUCGGUGUGCACUACCAAGCCUGGUUUGUUUUUUCGUCAAUGAAAAUGUCUCUUAAAAGAGUGGUUGUCUCAUACAUUCAUCACAUUUCAUCAGAUGGCCUGUUCGCCUGAUUGUAUGAUGGGAUACAAAAGUAUCGAAACCACAUUCUACAUUAGUGCCUAUUUGCUUUUUAGGUUUGUUUUUUUGGGGGGGUUCAGAGUUCUACCUUUAUGUGUCUUUUAACUGCCACCCAGAUCUAUCGAAAUACGAAUACUGCAUAGUUUGAUAUCACUGCCCAAAAAAAAACAAAGCUGUCCUGAACUUUAUAGCAUUCCAUCUUAGUAGAAAGGGACACAAUGUUAAUUAACAACAGAAAUGUAGUGAUAUUUUCGCUUUUUAAAAUUUUUUUAUUUAUUAACGCUUGUGACAGCAGAGGUAACUGCUUGAAUGUAUCUGCAGCUAAUGAAGCCGCUUAGUGUAUUUACCCUACAGGCCCAAGAAAGCAUGGAUAACAAAUGAUUAACAAUAGAACAAAAUUCGCAUUGCUUUCGCAUUCAACACAAGAACGUAUAUACAUUAUACACCAUAAGAAAACAUAUUUCCAUCGACUUUACAUAUCCAGUAUAAAGCUCUGGAAAAAAAUGCCGAUUCAAUGAUCAAUUUCUUUGGUUUGGCUAUUUAUAGGUUCUGGUAUAUGUUUGAAUGAAACCAACAUUUCUACUUUAUUUUGAAAAAUGAAGGAUGGCAUAACUCGCAAAUUCAAAUUGGAUAUUGUCAUUUUUUUUCCGGAACAUUUUUACUGGUCAAAAUAUUUUUUUAAAAGUCCAGUGUGUCUUAUUGCUUAAUUAUGUUUUAGAGCAGGGGUGCCCAUUAGGUAGAUCCUGAUCGACUGGUAUAUCUAAGACAGGUCCCAAGUAGAUCCGAGGAGUGUCGAGGAGAAAAAAAAAACAAACAACCAUUUGUGUGUCUUUGUACAUGUUAAUAAUAUAUUUUUUGUGUUAAUGUACACUGCACCCUAAUCAUCUUAUCAGUCUCGUUUUCACCCCAAAAAUAUUUAAAAAUAAAAUAAAGCAGGUAAAUCUUGAAUUUACAGUGGCGCGCGAUUACGUCACUGGAAGUUGUCAGCUCUCAGCUGUCUGCAAUUGCAGCUUGUGAUCAGAACUGUUGCGCUCUAUCUUUUAACGUCAUUAAUCUCAUUCAGAGUUUGCUUCGUGUACAAUUCACCGAGGGCACGAGCAAAGAAUAGAAAUCUAGGAGGGCCCAGGGAAGCACUUUAAAACGGUACGUGUGAGCUACGAUAGUUAACAGGCUGCACGUGCCGGUAAGGGUAGAUCCCGGAAGGUUAGUUGAUCGAAAAGUAGAUCUUCGAUCCAAAAAGUUUGAUCACCCCUGUUUUAUGGUUUCCUGCUUGUUUUCUUUCCACUCUCUCAACGCUUCACUCUGAAUGAAUGUUGGUGUUUUGAGGUCUGUGUGGGAUAUUUUUUGUUUGUUUCUGUGUGUGGGUGUGGGUGGGUGAAUAAACGCUACUCACGAAAAAUUAGGAAUAUUUGGCUUUUAUUAAAUGUAUGGAGGCGGCCCGGUAGUCCAGUGGUUAGCACGUCGGCAUCACAGUGCAGAGGUACCGGGUUCGAUUCCAGCUCCGGCCUCCCUGUGUUGAGUUUGCAUGUUCUCCCCGGGCCUGCGUGGGUUUUCUCCGGGUUCUCCGGUUUCCUCCCACAUUCCAAAAAAAAAACAAACAUGCGUGGCAGGCUGAUUGAACACUCUAAAUUGUCCCUAAGUGUGAGUGUGAAUGGUUGUUCGUUUCUGUGUGCCCUGCGAUUGGCUGGCAACCGAUUCGGGUGUCCCCCGCCUAACUGCCCGAAGACAGCUGGGAUAGGCUCCAGCACCCCCCGCGACCCUAGUGAGGAUCAAGCGGCUCGGAAGAUCAAUGAAUGAAUGAAUGAAUGAAUAAAUAUAUGGAAAAUGUAAAAAAAAAAGAUAUCACGCUACAGUGAUAUCAUGACAGCAUUCACUCCCAAAGACGUUUUUAAACGUCUUUUCAGACUUGGUCUAGAAUUGGCUGGUACUGGAUGAGUUAAGUUGCAUGCACAGGUGAUUUCCUCAUCUCCAAAAAUUAAUUGAAACAAAAGUUAACAACAACAACAACAAGGCGGCCCGGUAGUCCAGUGGUUAGCACGUCGGCUUCACAGUGCAGAGGUACCGGGUUCAAUACCAGCUCCGGCCUCCCUGUGUGGAGUUUGCCUGUUCUCCCCGGGGCUGCGUGGGUUUUUUCCGGGUGCUCCGGUUUCCUCCCACAUUCCAAAAACAUGCAUGGCAGACUGAUUGGACGCUCUAAAUUGUCCCUAGGUGUGAGUGUGGGCGUGAACGGUUGUUCGUCUCUGUGUGCCCUGCGAUUGGCUGGCAACUGAUUCAGGCUGUCCCCCGCCUACUGCCCGAAGACGCCUGGGAUAGGCUCCAGCACCACCCGCGACCCUAGUGAGGAUCAAGCGGUUCGGAAAUGGAUGGAAGUUAACAACAAUGUUGCGUACGCCACAACAAAAAAUUAAACAUCUCAUUAAUUCGUCAUGUGCCCUUGAGCAUCAAUUACAGUUUGACGACGACGUCUCGUGCUGUUCACAAGUUGUCUUAUUGUCUGCUGAGGCAUGGCAUCCCGCAGCCCUCAGGUCAUUGAGGUUCUGGGGUGCAGAGUUUCGAGCCUCUUUAUGGCGACUCAGCUGAUUCCACAGGUGUUCAAUAGGAUUCAGGUCUGAAGAAAGCACAGGCCAUUCCAUUUAAGGUACAGCAGUCUCCAGCAGCCGUUGCCUGAUGAUGCAGCCUUGAUGAGCUGGAGCAUUGUCAUUCAUGAAGAUGGAAUUAGGCCCAUGUAGGGGCACAAUCACUGGAUGAAAAUUUUUUAUUCAGGUUGUAUAGUUCUUGUCACUAAGUGUACGGUGGUUCUGUACCGACUGCUAACACUCUAACACCACUACCAUCAAAACCUCAACUUACUUUAUUCUUUUCUUUUGGCCCCUCAAACUAACCGUUUGCCUAAAUAUGAACAGUGCAUCACCACACAGUGCCGAGGCAUUUUGCCGAAUAACUCUUAACAGUGGCAAAGAGCACUUAACGGGACAAUCAACAAUGCAGUGCAAUGGCAUUCGGCAUUCUUUAAAUGACCGUUACUCGCCACAGCUUGCCGAACAAAAACAUUUUCGCAGUUAAGCGUGUUGCUUUGGGUCCAACUAUGAAACUGGGUGGGUUACAUUAAAAAAAACUAAUGAAAGUAUGCUUGAAAUUAUUUUUGCUCUAAGUCAGGGGUCCCCAAAAUUUUUCCCGUGAGGGCCACAUUUCCCUUCUCUGAUGGGGGGCCACUGCUCUAAGUAUUACUCAAAAGAUGGUGGCCAAGUAUGUCAUUCUUGACCUUUAAGUCCACCUGUAUAGGUGUGAAUGCAUUUUAAUCUUGUACUGAAAUUUCACCCAAAAGCCGUGCGUGCGUGUGCGCGCGUGCGCGCUGCCGUGCUGGUUGCAUGACGUUGAGUUGCUGUCACAUGACCCAGCCUGCAUCCAAACCAAUGAGUAAGGAGGUUUUCAUGAGCGACGUCUAUGCAUUCUGGGAACUCUUUCUGCUUUAAUGCAUUUCUCCAUGUUCAUGCUCUUGGACAUUUCCCUCAGAUCUUCACUGGUUUAGAGUGUUCUUGUGGUUUUACCAUGCCCUGUAAUCACCUUUCUUUCUCAGCCAAAAAUGUCUAAAUACCUGUUAGUUACUGCUCUAAUCUUGCAUUACAGUCUCCUAUUCUGUCAUUGUAAUUAUGUGUUUCAGUUUUACGUUUGUUGGACAGUACUAUUAAGUGUAGCACGAUGGUUCACUUUUUUU